AUAUUCCUUGUUCCGACACCCCGGAAGUGUUUUCAGUGAUCGAAGUAUGGCGUCUGCAAGCUUACCAGCCCGAAGUAAUAGGGAUGAUUCCAUCAGGAGGACUAAACAGCAGACUGCCCAGGAAACUUUAAUGUCAAUGGGAUUUCCCAGGAAAAGAGCAGAAAAGGCGAUUGCAGCUACUGGAGAUCGGGGAAUUCAACUAGCUUCAGACUGGCUACUGUCUCAUGUAGAUGAUCCAACAUUGGAUGAUAGAACCUGUAGGGAAUACAUACUUUACCUCUGUCCGAAUGGUAAACUACAGGAUGAACUGAACAAAUUCUGGGAGAAAAGCAUGUCUCAGUGUGGUUGGAAUGGAGCCCACUCCUACUUCCCACACAUCACAAUGUGCCCAUUCUUUGCUGCUGAAGAUAAGGAUGUAGGAUUUCUAAGUGAGACAUUUUUGAAGUUAGAAAACAAACUCAGACAGGCUCCAGACGCUUUGAAAUUGGAUUUCUUCAGUCAGAUGAAUUUCAUUGGUCUGUUCGUGAAGGAAGGCAUGUAUGACUUCCUACAGGAUUGUGUUUCCAUAUUUUGCAGAGAAUUAAGCAAGCAAGGGAUAAAGUUAGAACCUCACAAGAAGCAGCUUCACCUGACUCUAGCUUACCAGUAUCCACAGGAACAGCACGACAAGCUUCUGAAGUACGCCAAAGAAAUUGAUCUGACUGUUGACGUACGAUGGGACCUCCGCUUGUAUUCCAGAGAUCCAAGGGCAAGCAAAAGCGAGAUUCGUAAAGUAGUAAAGGCCUACACCCCACAAGUCGGUGAUGAGUUGGAACUAAUAGAUGGAGAUUACAUCUUUCUGGACCCAAAAGAACUCAAUAAAACUAAAGAUGGCUGGUACCCCGGAGUGUCAUGGCUGACAGGACAGCUCGGCAUGUUCCCUGGAGUCUACACACAGAAGACAGCAGAAACAUGGACAUGGGCUCUUCACAGAUCUUUACCACUACACAUCAGACCUAAAUCUGUGGCUGUCACCAAUGGAGUCAUUGUUGAGGAGGAUUAUGAUGCUAUAUGGCAUGAUGAAAAGGAUUAUGCAAAGGUGAAUAAAGUUUUCAUUAAAGAGAAAAAACGAGUCACCCCUGAAGUAAAAAGAGAACAACGAAAGUUAAUAAUUUGUCGCCAUGGAGAAAGAACUGACUUUGCCAUGGGGAAAGGAUGGUAUGACAUGUGCUUUAAUGAUGACGGAAAGUAUUCAAGAGUGAACCUUAACCUGCCCAAAAAGAUGCUGACUCGGGUAAAUAACUUGGAAUUCAUAAAUGACCCACCUUUGACAGAAGUUGGAAAAUUUCAAGCACGUCUGACAGCUGAUGUACUUCUCGAAAACAAAGUUACAAUAGCAGGAGUUUAUAGUUCACCUGCACUUCGAUGUCUCCAAACAGCAACUGAAAUUUAUCAAGGUCUUAAUCUUCAAAGCAAAAUCAAAAUAGAGCCAGGUCUGUUUGAGUGGACAGGUCACACCAGUGUUGUUCCGCGCUGGAUUUCUCCAGACGACUUGUCUAAACAGGGAUACCCGAUUGACAGUCAUUAUUCACCCCAAGUCCCUAAGGACAAGCUAGAGGAUGGAGAGUCCAUCAGUAAUCUUUAUGCACGAUCCACAGAGACAACUCGACAGAUCCUUAAAUUGCAUGAAAAGGAAGGUGGCAGUAUUCUGUUUGUUGGUCAUUCUGGUACAUUGGAUUUAUGUACACGAGUCAUCACUGGGCAGCAACCACGCCCCUCAACCUCAUACAGAGAACUUUUGCCAAAAGUACCGUACUUAGCUAUGUGUGCCAUUGAGGAGGAUGCAAUUACACGGAAAUGGAAACACAUAGAUGCCCCAACACUACCAUUAUCACAUGGACGUAACAUUGUACAGAGUGUCAGGGAUAUUCUCAAUAGUUAAAAGUCAAAAAAGUGCUGGAAUGUGCCAAAACUAAGAAAGAAAAUAAAGCGAUAUUUGUGCGAAAUAUCAAAUUCAGAUGUUCGAUGCAAUGGUCUGAAAAAAAAAUUGUAUGAGUCUCCAAGAGAAACAUACAAAGCAUAAUGUAAAAUCCUAUGAUUUUUGCUGAAAUUGAUUUUCAGUUAUAUACUAACUCCCUUUUUUAAUGUUCCCAGUGAUUUCAUAUUGUAAAGAGUGGGAAAUUUUAUUGAAAGUUGAGUCAAAUAUUAAUACUUUAAAUCAAUAAAUAUCUUUUUGAACCAGUAAUGUUUGAAAAUUAAUUACCAUAGUCAACUGUGAUAAAAUUGUCUUUUUUUGUUCUGCAUAUAGUGUACGUAUCAUUUACGUAUCAGAUUCAGAAUUUUAAAACAGAUCAAAUAUGAAUUAGUCUAAACUCCAUUCAAUAAAUACUUUUCAUUAUUUUAGAUAAAGUUUACAAAAUUGCUAUUACAUGUAUUUACUUUUUAAUUGAAGUUUAACCUUUUUGAAUGCCAAUUUUUUAUUUUAUUGAUAUUGUAAAAAUAUAAGUGUAAUUUAUUACUCUGUAUUAUGACUCCCAAGAGGAAGGCUGUUGUACAUAAUUUCUUAGCAAAGAAAAUGUUCAAAUGUUGCUGGAUUAUUUACUUUUUACAUCCAUUUUUGUGCUUUUUUAGAUUUACAUUCAUUUUAUACUUUUAUAUUAUAUCCAUAUAGUAAUCAAUUAUGAUACAUAAUUUCUGAUCAUUAUUGACAUAAUUAUCAAGAAACUACUUAUCUGACCAUAAAUGAUGCAACUCCUGGUUAUAUGCAUCAUAAGUGGUCAAAAUCUACAUCCUCAUAUACUAAUAUUACGAAAUUAAUAAGUCCAAUUUAUACGUACCACUUUGGGAAAUACCUUUGUCUUGAGUACAAGUUUUUUUUGCAGACCUAUCUUUCUGUUAGCUACAGACACACAGGAUUAUAUUUUUGAUUAGGGGUCUUUCUCUGCAGGAUUUUAAUAGUGAUCAGUCUCUGUCCAAUGUUAUUGGUCCUUAGCAUACCAUAUUUCUCUCCUCUCAGCUCAGUGUGGUUCAAAACACUGUUGUGUGACCUUGAACAAUGUUUCUUGAUCAAAGGUUAAGUGAAAAGCAAAUAUAUAUGUAAAGUUCUUGUAUUGACUUUCUCCCUAAACCCAAUUUAGCCACAUAGUGUUCACCCACAUAAUGUAUUGAAAUAAGACUGCUACCAGUAACCCUGAACAAUCUUUUUUAUGUUAAGAACACAAAACUCUGAAAGAAAAACCUUCUUACAACCAUAGAGUUUCUCCCAUUUGCCUUAUCUGGCUUAUAUUUAAGAUAAAACGUUGUGACUUCUAGCUUACGGCUGAAGGUCAGGCAAAUCUUUUUGAACUUCAGUUUAGACCAUAAAUCCUGCUUAGCCUUAAACAAAAUCUCUUGGUAGAUAAAGGUUGUUCAGCUUUGAAAUAAGUUCGUGACCAAAGGUCAAAUAUCCUUUUUUGAACGAAUAUUUGUUUGACUAUGCAAAAAGACUGCAAGGUAAGGUAAGGGGUGUAUAGUGACCCUAGAUUAAGUUAUCAAUGUCAAAUGUCAAGGUCAUAGGAAAUCUCUUUGUAAAAUCCUUGCUAAACUGUAGAUUCUUAACCAAGCUUUACCUGCCUCUAUUCUUCAUCCAUAUAUGUGCUUUUUUGAUAGAGAUGUGUAUAAAUUGUGUUGAACUCGAAAUGAGUUGUUAAGGCCAAAGGUAUACUCAAAGAAAAUGAGAGGGCUUUCUACUAUGUAAACGCAAACUGAAAUAUUAUCGAAAUCUAUAUCUUGAUAAAGCAUCUAUCUUCCAUAGUCUAUUUAAGAUUGAAGCAUUCAUUUUCAUUCAUCAAUUCCUUCCAGAGUUUGUAAUAUUUGUUGAUCUGAAUAUUAUCUGCAUUGUACAUGACAUCUUUACCUCCAUUUUUUUUAUAAUGAAAAACAUCAGUUUAUGUUCCAUAUUCAAAUCGUUACAAAUGUGAUUUCUUCUGGGGGUUUUUAGACCACAAUUUCCACUGUCUCUUGCACAUCCCGAGUGCCAUUUUAUAUUAUAAAAAUAUCAUUUAGUGUUCAAAGUUUUGAUAUUCUACAUACGUUAAGCUCUUCUCGUAAGCUGUCUUGCAUUACAAUGCAAAGUGACAUCUCGGUUAAGUCAGUGAAAAGGAAUGCAUGUAUUCACACUGCUUAAAGGGACCUAGGCACGAUUUGAGAUAAACACUUAUAUAAGUCUUUAUUUUUCAUUUUUACGUGAUAAAAUGGUUUACUUAUGUAUUUUGAAUGAUUCAUCAUAAUUUGAAUAUUGAAGUCAAGUUAAAAGCAGAAUACAGUGGAAAGAAGUCACUGAUAUGUAAACAAAGCCCAAGUUUUAUAUUUGUUUACAAAUAUUAAGUUAAGAAAUUACUAAUUCUUUGAUAAAAUAGCUUGUGGCAAACAGGAUUAACUGAUUCAACAUGUUCAUAACUAACUUUAUCAACAACAAAAAGCAACAUUAUGAGAAUUCAUCCAAUGCAUGUAUAUAUAAACAAUAACAGGACUUAAGCUUUGAAAUUUAAGCUUGAAAUACAUUCUUUUGCAAAAAAUGAGCUCAAAUCUAGUACAAGUCCCCUUUAAAGCACGUUGUACCAUAUCCAUGUUUCAUUGGAAUGAAACAGAAUGGUCGA